AUGGUGGCCUCGGCCAUGGAAAGUGCUCGUCAGCCGAGGCGCAAUACCAACGCCAACGGUAAUUCCACUACCAAUCCAAGAGGGAAAAAGAAGAAGAAGCAGUGCAAAUUCGGCAAGAAAUGCAAGCAGCUCAAUUGCCAGUUUAUUCGUCCAGAAGGUUGGACUGCUGAUGCCACUGACACUGACAACACUGUCACUGCUUCAGAAAGACAAGACAGCAAUGCCGGCAAUAGCAGCGAUGAUCUCCCCUCUUUGGCUAUGAUGAGUGAUUCUGCCCAAAGACAUUUCUUGGCUCGUAUUGCCGCCUUGGAGCAAGAGAACAGCCAACUAAGGUCAGCCAAUGAGCAGCUGAGGUCCAACAAUCAACAGCUCCACCGUCAACUCGAUAUGGUACAUCUGGAGCAUGAGGCAGAACUACGAAGCGCAAACACUUCUCCCAGCCUGCAGCAGCAGUUGACGACACAAUUGCAACAGCUGCAAGCGGACCAUGCACAAGAAAAACUGGUUCUUCAACAAGAGUUGCAGCAGUGUCAACAGAGAAACACAGCCUUGGCCAAUCAACUCCAAACUGAGCAAACCGGUCAUUUACAGGAAAGGCAGUUCUUGCAACAGGAACUCCAAAGUUGGAAGCAGAGUGACACAAACAGAGUCAAGGAAAUUCAACAGCUACAGGCGUCUCAUGAGCAGGAAAAGUCAGCUCUUCAGCAGGAAGUGCAAUCCUGGAAACAAAGGGAGAUGGCCAAGGCAAGACAAUUAGAAGAUCUCAAGGCUAGUAAACAAGAAUUGAACAAUUCAAACCACAAACAUGAUGCUGUGACCAAGGCAGCAACGCACACCAAUGGAAAUCAUCACAACAACAAACUCCAGCAGCACAACGAUCGGUCUUUAGGGAAACAUCAGCAUGAGGGACAUGCCCAAGCGAGGAAACCCACCCAACCAUCUUCCACAGGGGCUAACUCAACAAAGUGUGAUUCAACGAACGAGGCAGCUCGUCUUACGGGCCAGAACCGAAAACAAGACAACCGUAAGAAGAAGUCUAUUGUGACAGAGCUUCCUCCUGGGGAAAGAGGUGGCACGGAGGAGAAGCAGGCAGCAUCCGCAUUGAAGGGGGCAACCGAACGAAAGAAGCUGAAAGCACUGGAAGUAAACAUGCCAGGAACUGGCAAAAGUGCCAAGCCUAUGCCAGGAGCAGUCGCGAAAGAAAAUGAAAAUGUUUCAUCUCAAAUAGUAAUGGAGACUGCAUCUAAUAAGGGGCUGUCGGACGCUCGAAGUUCAAAGGAACCGAACGCAACAACGGCUGCCUCCGACCAGACAGCAGCCGGUCAACCGAGUGAAUCCUCCAGCAAGCAAAUUGUGGUCUCUAACCUGAAAGACGACAACGCUGUCGUUGAUGGUCCUGUUCAAGUCGUCACGAAGAAGAAUUCACUGGAUGCCGCUACCACAAAGACUGUUUCUCCUGAUGCCUCCGUAAAGAACGUAGGCCGUUCAAAGACAGUGGCCGCGGUUACUGCUAGUCCCACGCUCAGCGCCGUCGACGACAACUCGAACAACAUUCGUCUCCUUGAGUUACUCUUUCCAAAGAUCAAGAAAGACAAACGGGCACAUCCAGCUUCUGUGACGGAUGCUACGGUGCGCAAGCUGAUUCAGGCUGGACACAACGAGACCCUGGUGAAGUUUCUUGCGUCCAAGUAUGCAACCAUGAACGAUCGCAAAGCCGUGGAGUUCAUUGACAAAGCCAACAAGCACCUUGUCAAUCAACGUAACAAUCUGCACACGAUGAAAAAGAUUAUUGCACAGGAGGGCAGAGAAGGCCAGGCAGAUCCUUCGAGAGAAGCCAUCAUCAAGGCCCACAUUCGAGGGACUCGUGACAAAGAAGAACUUGAUUCCCAGUUGAAGCAUCUAGAGACCCUCGAUCUCGACGCUAAAAUGACAGUGUCGGAGCUGUCUGACGACAAAGUGUCGUUUCUUGUGGGGCGUUUGAAUGAGAUAGCCGAGAAACCCACGUCUCCAAUCUUUGACAUGAUCAAAGGCGACGAAGCUUCGGUGUGUAAAGGGCGAAAGUAUUUGGAACUAGAGAAGGCGAUUCGAGACGCAAAAGAGCAGCAGCAAUCUCUAGACAAGGAUCAUGACAGUCGUGUGGCAGGGCAUCGAAAAGAGCUUGGAAAGCACCAGGAGGCAAAAGCCAACCUCGAAUCGCGCCUAAAAGAUCUGCGUGCAGAGCUAGAGACGAUUGCCAAAUGGAAGAAGUUCAAGAAACCUGCCACUCCCGAGGACUGGUUUAAGACCGCUGUUGCAGCCCUAGUAGGCGGGCCUGUUGGCAGAAAAAACGAUACUCCAUCUGAAGAAGAAACCAAGCUGGAGGAAGGCGCAGACGUGAAAACGGAUAGCGAUGAGAUGAAUUCCAAGAAGCAGCAGAAAAAGUCCAACAAGAAGAAAACGAAAGGCGACAAACACAAUGAAAAAGAAGAGUUCAAACCAAAUCGAAUCCGACAGAAGAUUUAUGCCAGGAAAGAGGGGCAGGAUUAUGCAUCCCCUGAGGAGCUCGAGUGGCUUCAAGAGCAGGAUGAACAAGAAAUCAGAGAAAAGGAGAAGCAUCUGGAAGAAAAGAAUAAAAAAGUAGAAAAGGAGGAGAACGCAUUGGCGGAUCUUGAGACAGAUCCGGCUAUUGAAAAGUGUCGAAAUGCCGUGCAGAGGCUACGCAACCAACUGUGCGAGCUCCUUGGAAUCGAGGAAGAAAUCCCGGAAGACAAAAUAUUCAGCAUUGACGGGUUGCGGGAUGAGAGGGGCCAUUCUUUCCUGCUCGUUGCUGUCCUCUGCAACGAUGAAGCGACAGUCAAGACCUGUUGCGAGAUUGGAGCAAGCCCGAACGAGUUGUGUAGCGGUCAAUUGUCACCAAUGUAUGUCGCGACCUACUUCAACAUGAAACGAUUGAUUCAGAUUCUUUCUGAUCAUGGCGGUCUGCCUUCGCCAUCUGAGCCUUGGGCGAAUGUUGGCGUCAGCGAGGAUGCAAUGAGCACGGGUGAUUGGGAAUCAAUCUUAGAAAUCGCCACACGAGUAGCCGAAGCUGCAAGCCCAGCGGAAGAAGGCAGAAGUGCAUUGCUCGAAUCGGACGAGAAGUCAAGGAUGCCGGUCCUGGCGGAGACUGAAAGGCUCGCUCAACAAAUGUCUUUCUUUGAUGAAUGCCUCAUUGACGCAAACGUCGCACACAUUCGCCGUCAAAUUCUCCUGGAGAAAUCUGUUUAUUCCUGGUUUCUUGAAGCAGACGAAGAGAACCGAUCAGUGUUGCUAGACUUCCUCUCCGCGCUCCUACCGCCGCAAUCUCGUAGACGAUCUGUGCUCCGAGAAUUCGUUUGCCAUCGACGAGCUGUGAUAGGUUUGCCGACGCAGAUGCAAUACGAGGUCCUGGCGGUGGCACUCAACAACAAUCAAGCCGUGCUGUUCACGCCGUUCGUGACAAAUGCCGUUGAAGGGUACGCAAGUGUCGGCGUCGUGGUAUGGGCCGUCUGUCCCGAGGGCUCUCUUUCAUUGUACAAAUCAUUGAUCCAAGAUACAGAGUUUCUCCGAAACAAAGUUGACAGUGGAGAGAUCUUUCCGGGGCACAAACCGUUUGUCCUCGAGCUUGGGAAGGAUAUGCACCUUCUCGACUUGCAUUCAACAAACAUCUACACCAGCAGCCCCAGCGUGCUUUUCAGCGUCAACGUCGAUGCUGGCGAAUUGGAGCUUUUGGAAGAUCCAUGA